AUGAGAGGUUAUGUUGCUUCGCUGUGCGUGGCUGCCUUCUCCGCUGUGAUUUGGCUCAUCUUGUCCGCUUCAGAUGCUGGAUUCGAUCCGCACGAGGUCCUGGCCACAGGCCGCUCGAUAACAUCACGGUCGUGGGAGUUUGGGACGCUUGUGGAAGCUUUCCUGGAGUUUUAUAACCACGAAUUGACGGUCUUUGGGUCAAAUCCCUUCCCGGGUGGGCUAAUCCCACAAAUCGACGACCCUUCGAAAGUUGAGGCCCUCGCGUACGCGGAGUCCGUCAUAUGGAUUAAUGGUACCGAUUUCCUUGUCGACGGCGAAGGCUCGGCAGCCGAUCCUGCCUCCUUAGGUACCGCCGCGUUACUUCUGUCCCAGCAUGAUCCGAGAUAUCUCGAGGCCGCAAAACGGCAGGCUGAGUACCUCGUAUCGAAGGCAACGAAAUUUCGUGUCAAUGGUACUCACUCAGCCAUAUCUCACAGAGAAGACGUCCCUGAACUCUGGGGCGAUUUCAUCUACAUGGUCCCUCCGUUCCUUGCUUAUCACGGUGUUGCCACUCAAGACCUGAGAUUUCUGGAAAUGGCUGUUCUUCAAUGCCAACUCUACGACCACGUCUUGAGAACGGUCAUCGAAUUGGAAAACGGAGAGACCUGUCGUGGCCUUUGGCGCCAUAUCGUCUCCGACCCACCAGACUUGGAGUCGGGAGUAUGCUGUUCAGACCCGGACGUGUGGCUCACCAGUAACGCUUGGGCUGUCACGGGUAUGACACGUGUACUAGCAACAAUCUUGAGGUGGCAGCCACCUCGAAACAGUCCAGUCGGGCAGACCGAGUAUAACAAGUUCAGAACCAGGAGCAAAGUGGUAUUGGCCGACUUGAUCGAGUCCAUGUUGCAGUGUACAAUGGCACAGGCAGAAGACGAAGGAUCCGGACUGCUGAAGAACUACCUUGAUGGGCCAUCACAUCGAUCUGCCGCCUGGGCAUAUGGUGAUGCUGCGGGCACUGCGCUUAUGGCUUCUGCCGUGUAUCGACUGGCUGUUCUUCUGCCUGAAGCCUAUGGUGGUUCAACCGCGAUGAAAUGGGCAGAUCGGAAUCGCCGAGCUGUCGCGAGGCAUGUCCACUCCGGCGGCAGAGUUAGUCCCGUGGCGGAUGUUGGGCAUGUCCCAAGCAAGAGCCCGGUUAGUCAGACCAGUGAGGGACAAAGCAUGGUGAUUUUGAUGUACAGCGCAUGGCGAGCCUGUAAAGAGGGCUCAUCCUGGAAGACAGCACUGCGGCGACUGAAACAAUGGGUGUAG